CCUCUUGAUAUCAGACAGGAUUCCAUAGUCCUGUGUGUUGGUCCAGAGGUCCCUGGAUGCAGUCGGUUACUGGGACUGUGUGUGGAAGCACCAGGGCAUUGGCGGGUGGGGCCCUCAGGGACCAAAAAGAGGGCUCCGCGGUGGAGAGAGAGCUGGCCUACUGACUGGGUUUGCAAGGACACAUCGGGCACUCUUCCGCCUUGUCUGGCUGCCCCAGCAUCCGUGGAAAGAGAGGGGACCCUGGGCCCACCCGGGACACGGUGGGAUCUCCAACUUCUCAGGGCCUGAGGAUCAGGCUGCCCCGGAGCGGCCCUAGGCCGCCUCCUCGCGCUCACUCCCCCUCGCUCCUCUCUCGCUCUCUCGCUCUUUCUCCUGCUCGCUCUCUCGCUGGCUCGCUCGGGCCCCAGCCCCCGCCCUCCGCUAGCUCGCCGCCCGCGGCUCCUCCUCACUCGCCCGUCGCCCGUUCUUGGUGCAGCUCGGCCAGAACCACCGCGGGCUGCGCGUCCACCAGGAGCCGCUGCCUCGACCCUACUGCCCGGUUCGCUCUGCCCGGAUUCUUCUGUCCGGAUCCCUCUGCUUGUACCCCGCUGCACCGAUUCCUCUGCCUGGACCUCGUUCUGGAACUCGGAUGCUUGGAGCCUUCUGCUCACAUCCCUCUGCCUGAACCACGCUGCCAGAAUCCUGCUGUCUGGAUCCUUCUGCCUGGACCCCGCUGCCUGGAUCCCUCUGACUGGUUCCAGCUGUCCGGAUCCUUCUACCUGGACCCCACUGCUCGGGUCCUUCUGUUUGAGCCCCGCCAAACGGAUCUCCCGGUGAGGAGCCCGGCUCCACAGCCACGAUGCCCGUGGCACGGCCACACACCGCGGGACCCGGCAGGAUCACUCUGCUUCUGGUCACUCUGCUACUAGGGAACCCGGUGGCAGCUCAGGAGGAAGAUGGUGGUCCAGAGGGAGACACACACCCUUCCACAGCCUACCUCCUGCCCUCUGCCUCGCUGGAGAGCAACAUGGAAGAGGGGGUGACAUCAGUAGUCCCAGGACCCCUGCCAUCCCAGAAAGCACUGGAAAUGCUGGAGGGGUCAUUGCCCCCUGCACUCCCUGAUGAGGGCAGUGUCCCACACACCCCAGCCCUCAGGAAGGGCCUGCCGUCCCUGAAGCAACUCAACUCGGCCCGGAAGCAGCUGAGGCCCCUGGUCACCCCGACAACUCUGCAGAGACUAGGGUCCCCUGCCUCAGCCACCACAAAGCCGCGUGUGCCUGGGGACCCUGAACAGCCCACAGAGCCUGCUCCAUUGCAGAUAGUGCCCUUCACCACACUGGUGACCUCGCUCCCGAACAGCCCGGAGCCUGCACAGGCCCCCGACGACAGCAGCCCGGGGAGCCUGCAGGACAAGGGUGACAAUGAGCUGACCGGGUCUGCUUCCGAAGAGAGCCAGGAGACCACCACGUCCACCAUUAUCACCACUACCAUCAUCACCACGGAGCAGGCCCCAGCUCUCUGCAGCGUGAGCUUCUCUGAGCCCGAGGGAUACAUUGACUCAAAUGAUUUCCCACCUCAGCCUCUCGGCAGCUUCCUGGAGUGCACAUACAAUGUGACGGUCUACACGGGCUAUGGAGUAGAACUGCAGGUGAAGAGUGUGAACCUAUCAGAGGGGGAACUGCUUUCCAUCCGUGGGGUGGACGGCCCCACCCUGACAGUCCUAGCCAACCAGACUCUCCUGGUGGAGGGCCAGGUGAUCCGUAGCCCCACCAACGCCAUCUCUGUCUACUUCCGGACCUUCCAGGAUGAUGGGCUCGGGACCUUCCAGCUGCACUACCAGGCUUUCAUGCUGAGCUGCAGCUUCCCCCGCCGGCCCGAGGCCGGAGAUGUCACGGUGAUGGAUCUGCACUCUGGUGGGGUGGCCCACUUCCACUGCCACCUGGGCUACGAACUGCAGGGAGCCAAGACUCUGACCUGUAUCAAUGCUUCCAAACCCCACUGGAGCAGCCGGGAGCCUGUCUGCUCAGCCCCGUGUGGAGGAGCUGUGCACAACGCCACUAUCGGCCGAGUCCUCUCCCCCAGUUACCCUGGAAACGCCAACAGCAGCCAGCGCUGCGUGUGGACCAUCGAGGCUCCAGCGGGUCAGAAGCUGCACCUGCAUCUGGAAAGGCUUCUGCUUCAGGAGAAGGACAGGAUGAUUGUCUACAGUGGACAGACAAACACAUCGGCCCUCCUGUACGACUCGCUGCGAACGGAAAGUGUGCCCUUUGAGGGCCUGCUGAGCGAGGGCAGCAGCAUCCGCAUCGAGUUCACGGCUGACCAAGGCCAGGCAGCCUCUGCCUUCAACAUCCGCUUUGAGGCCUUUGAGAAAGGUCACUGCUAUGAACCCUACAUCCAAAACGGGAACUUCACCACGUCAGACCCAACCUAUAACAUCGGCACCAUUGUGGAGUUCACCUGCGACCCUGGCCACUCUCUGGAGCAGGGCCCAGCCGUCAUUGAAUGUGUCAAUGUGCGUGACCCAUACUGGAACGACACGGAACCUCUAUGCAGAGCCAUGUGUGGUGGGGAGCUCUCUGCCGUGGCUGGAGUGGUGCUGUCUCCAAACUGGCCAGAGCCCUAUGCAGAAGGUGAAGACUGUGUGUGGAAGAUUCACGUGGGGGAGGAGAAGCGGAUCUUCUUGGACAUUCAGUUCCUGAACCUGAGCAACAGUGACAUCUUGACCAUCUAUGAUGGUGAUGAGGUUGUGCCCCAUGUCCUGGGCCAGUACUUCGGCAACAGCAGCCCUCAGAAGCUGUACUCCUCCACGCCGGACCUCACCAUCCAGUUCCAUUCAGACCCCGCCGGCCUCAUCUUUGGCAAGGGCCAGGGAUUUAUCAUGAACUAUAUAGAGGUGUCACGGAAUGACUCCUGCUCAGAUUUGCCCGAGAUUCAAAAUGGCUGGAAAACCACUUCCCACACUGAGCUGGUCAGGGGAGCCCGGAUCACCUACCAGUGCGACCCCGGCUAUGACAUCGUGGGGAGCGACACUCUCACCUGCCAAUGGGACCUGAGUUGGAGCAGCGACCCCCCAUUUUGUGAAAAAAUUAUGUACUGCACUGACCCCGGGGAGGUGGAGCACUCCACCCGCCUCAUCUCCGACCCCGUGCUGCUGGUGGGCACCACCAUCCAGUACACCUGCAGCCCUGGGUUCGUUCUUGAAGGGAGCUCGCUUCUCACCUGCUACAGUCGCGAGACAGGGACUCCCAUUUGGACAUCCCGCCUGCCCCACUGUGUCUCUGAGGAGUCCCUGGCAUGUGACAAUCCAGGGCUGCCUGAGAACGGCUACCAGAUCCUAUACAAGAGGCUGUACCUGCCCGGAGAGUCCCUCACCUUCAUGUGCUACGAGGGCUUUGAGCUCAUGGGCGAAGUGACCAUCCGCUGCAUUCUGGGACAGCCGUCCCAUUGGAGUGGGCCCCUGCCCAUCUGUAAAGUUAACCAAGGCAGUUUCGAACACGCACUGGAAGUAGCAGAAGCGGCAGCAGAGUCCUCGCUGGAGGGCGGGAACAUGGCGCUGGCCAUCUUCAUUCCGGUCCUUCUCAUCUCCUUGCUGCUGGGAGGAGCCUACAUCUACGUCACGAGGUGCCGACAGUACUCCAGCCUCCGCCUGCCCCUCAUGUACUCCCACCCCUACAGCCAGAUCACCGUGGAAACUGAGUUCGACAACCCCAUCUAUGAGACCGGGGAAACGAGAGAGUAUGAAGUUUCCAUCUAACAAGAGUUGCCCUGGAAAGGGGGACUUGAGAGAUGGACAUGCAGACACGGACCGUCGGGACCUCCUCGGACAUCCAUCAGAGACCUCGUGGCACUGGGCUGCAGCUAUCAUAGCAGCCAUCUCUUCCUCUACACUUUUGAUUCAAAGAUUCACUGUUUCUUCGCACUAUUUACUAUAUUUAAAAUUGAAGGAAUUGAAAUCGGUGAAUUUGGUACACUGGGGCUGCAGCCAAGGUCACACGACAGCCUCCAUUCCCAAGGCAAACAUCAGCAGGUAACAGCACAGCGGCGAGCAGGUCCGGUUGGAUCAGCAGUGCCUCACUUGGGCUGCACCACCCUGUAUGGUCUUCAGCAGCAGGCCGUGGCAUACUUGGUACAAACAGGAGCCCCAGGGUUGUCGGAAUGUCUCUUGCAGGGCUGCCUUGGAGGAAUUUAAGCCUGAGUACUUAAGCCCAGUUAUUUCUCCUCCAAAACAAAACCCAUGUCCUCUUCUCCCAUUUUAAAAGUGUUUGAAAGUUUGGGCCCACCCUCUCCAUCCCACGGCCUCCAAAGGCAGCAAAGAUUUGCUAAGCAUUCUCUGGGCUCAAGCGACACUGGACAGGUGAGAAAAUGGCCUCUUUCUUAAAAAGGGAUAAGCCCCAAGGAGGACUGUCAGGGAGGAGGCACAGGGAUCUUGGGGAAGGGGACUCCAAAGAGGGAUGGAUGCCAGGUGAGCUGUGACUGGAACCCACCUCUCCUGGCAGGGUCUCCCUGAGGCUAGGGUCAUGAAUCCCUGGCAGCUUGGACUCCAGAGUCACAGGAUCUGCUGUGGGGUAUCCUGACCUCGAAGCCAGGGAUCAGCUCUGACUCUCACCUGGAGUUUUAGACUGUCUGGACCUUUGCCCUAGGUGGGACUUACAUACAUAAGAUGUUACCUCCAGCUUCCCUUGUUCUCACGUGCCCCUUGGCAGGGAAGGUGCUGAGUUAGAGAGUCCUCCCUGGCCUCUGCGGCUCUGAGUCGGGGAACGGCACCAGGGCCCCAGCAGAGGCCGUGUGUACAGAGUGGGGUGGAAACCACAGGAGAACAAGGCCCAAGACCCAGAUUGAACCUCAGUAAAGACAGUGUUUCCAAUGGCAGGCCCUCCUUAGUUUUCAGGGUCCUCAGAACCCAAAUCCAGGGCAGCCAGAGGCCAUGGCUCUCCAGAAGUUGGUUUUCUAAGUACAGUGAUGAAGAAAGGUGUAGGGUUAGGUGCUGGGGGGAACAGGAGGUAUGAGGGGCAGUGAGCAUGUGCGAACCAUGUGGUGACCAGGAGGGGCUCAUCUUCCUUCAGGAAAGCCCCCUGCAUGUGUAUGCCUGACUGCUGUGGCUGGGGGUUUCUGGCCACAGUGGAACCAGAGGAGAAACCAUGCAGGCUCUAGGGAGCAGGGAUUCUUUGGGAAAGACCCCACUUGUGAAUAAUGUGACCUUUCUCCCAGAGGCAGAAGCUAUUUGAGAUGCUUCCAUCCCCAGCCCUGGUCACCUGUGAACUCUGUCCUUGCUGUUUCAUUUCUGUCUGCUCUAUGGCCCUGGGAAAACUAAGCACUCAACUUCUGUGAGGUCUGACCAUGUGUGAGGCCCUUCUAACCUGCUCCUCAAAGCUGACCAGGUCAUGACCGGGACAUUUCUUGACUACUGGGUUGGAUAAAAAAAAAAAAAAUGUUGCUUUCUUUUUUUGCAGAAUACCAAUGUCUUAGUUCUGUCUUGGUGGUACAGUCUCUGUAAUCAUGGUUUGAAAUGUGUUCUAGCCUAGAGGUGAAUCAUGCGCGCUCACAAUGUGCAGCGAUUGAAAGGACAUGUUGGUGUCUAUUAUUUUUAAAUACCUGACUAUGUAUUUGUAACAUGUAAAGGUUUGAAGCAAAAACAAAACAAAAACAAACAAAAAACCUGUUCUACCAGUGCCGAAUAUAUACAAGGCAUCUCAUCACGGCCCAUCCCUGUCUGUUUUUACAAGAAGGAAAUUUGAAACUAUGGGGAUUAAAUAUUUUUGAACUGGAUACACUCGUGAGCCCUCCCACAAGCAGUAAGCUGUUCUGACAUCACGUUUACAAGGUGCAGGCUUCCCGAAUGUGGGCAUCCUUCAUGCUGAUGACGCAGGCUGCACCAGUCAGCAUUACCUGUGCUUUCACGUGCAGAGCCCCUCCCUCUUCUGCCGGGAGCUCAUCUUCCCCCCUCAGCUUCCUUUGUGGUAAACUCACUUUGCCAGCAUAAGUAUUCUGAACUCUGUCUGGGGGCCAUCUUUCCAAGUGAUCCCACCCCGAGCCUUUGAAACCAGCUCUUUAGAGAGUUCACAAACCUCAGGAGACAACUCUGGAGACCCACACACAGCCCUGGAGAAAGAGAAAGGUUACAGCCACAAUGGUGGCACCACGGGAACUCCGACGAACCUGGAUAGCUUCAGAGACCAUAGGCAAAACGACCUCUCCUUUGGGCAUGACCUUUCUGCGUCUUUGCUGAGGCCCAGUGAGAUGGCACUCCACGUCUGGUCCUGUGUGGCACAGCACCCGCAGAGGUGGGCGUCUUCUUGGAUGCUUGCUUUUUCAUUUAUCAUCAAACAGAAUAAUAAAAAAGCAAACUUUCUAAGCUAGAAAACUGAAAUGAAGUCAUUUUCCACUUUGUAUAUAUUGCUGCUAAUAAAACAGAUAUAAAAGAGUGGUGGAUGUGGAUUUUGUUCCCAAGGCUCCAGGGUGACACCAAGGGCCAUGUUUCCAGCUUCUGAGGAUUGGGGUGUGGUACUUCAGAUGCUGAGGUAAGACUUGCCCUCUCUACAGUGCCAUAGGCCAUGUUUAAGACCUAUCUGAGGGAAUUGCUACCAACACAGCCAGGACUUCAGUCUCAGGCAGUCUCGACAAAAGCUGUGGAGACAGCAGGUUCAACAUCAGUAUGCUUGUUCAUCUCCUGUUCUGUGGGGAGUCUUUUUCUGGCUUGAAGUGGCCCUUUUUAUGCAGUCUUUUCAUAGCUGAGGGGAGUAGAGAGAGGAAAGGAGGGAGGGGCAGAAGGAGGGGGGAGGGAGCUGGUCCCAAGAAAAUCCAUCCCAGUAGACCCCAAGACUCAGGCAUGAUCUGCUUCCUUCAGUCCUAGAGGCCCCCAGGUUAGGACAGCAUCACCCCCAUGGCUCUGCAACAGGCUACCCUAUUCCCACACUCUCUGUCUCUGGGUACCAAAGGAGAAAGCAGAGUUAAUGGACCAGGUCCAGUGAUGUGGUUCAGUGGUAAAGGUGUUUACCAAGCCUGAUGAUGUGAGUGUGAUCCUGGGCCCCACAAGGUUGGAGAAAGCUAACUCUAGCUCUACUCUGACGUCCUCGUGCAUGGUGUGUGUCUCAUACACAUAGCAAACAAGCACACCAAAAUAAGUGUAAUUUAAUAUUUUUUAUUCAAUAGACCAAAAGAGUCAAAGCCAUCCAUGAAGAUACACGUUUUCUUUUCCUGUAAUAAUGUAUUUGAAUACUAGAUAAUUUUCAAAUGUGUUACCAGAUAGAUCAUUUCUAAGGUGGAAAAAUGGAGGGGGGGGGAGACAUGUUCCUGGAUUCCAGCAGGGGGAGACAGAGGCAGGAUUAUUAACUCAAGUCUGUCCUGGGCUACAUAGUAAGACUGUAUCUCAAGAAAACAAACCAAACAAAAGUUUCCAAAGAUUACAAAGUUUUCAGUUCAUGUAUCUGAACUAGUAGACUUUCUCAGUAAACAUGAAUAAAGAGAUGUGUUUGUUCUUCUAUCA